AUGUGCAGUUCGAAGAAGAGAAGCUUGAGACGAAGGUGGAGGAAAAAAAAAUCAUAGGAAUACUCCUGUUUACAACAACGUAAUGGAGCCCAGAUGGCUGAAUAACAUUUGCAGACGUAUGUUAUGGACUGGAUUUACGUUAUACAUCGUAUUUGUGGCAGAACCGACGUCUGCCAUCGAAAUCCACGCCGACCCUGAGGUGAUCGUUCAGAACGGCACCAAAGGAGUCCUGCGAUGCACCUUCAAGUCCAGCGAGGUGGUCAGCACCUGGACCUCGGUGACCUGGAGCUUCCAGUCCAGUCAGCCUGACCACCAGUUCUCUAAAGCUCCGUACGUGAUUUACCAUUUUUCCAACGGUAAGGGGUUCCCGGGUCAGGAUGAGUUCAAAGACCGGGUCGAAUUCAUCGGGGACAUCAACAAGAAGGACGUGUCCAUCCAGCUGAACCCGGCCCAGUUCAGCGACAACGGGACCUUCUUCUGUGACGUGAAGAACCCGCCGGACGUGAAAGGAACACAAGCUCGGACCGAGCUCAGGGUGGUUCUGAAAGAAUCGUUUCCUCAGAGCCAGACGGCYGUGAUCAUCGGAGGAGUUUGCGGUGCUUUAAUCGUCCUCAUCAUCAUCGCCGUAGCUGCGUGCUUCGUCAUUCGGGUGCUGCACAACCGGCAAGAUUACGAAGGAUGUACCACCUUGGAAAGCGUGAGCUCUCAGGCUCUUCGGCUGCAAAAGAAGGCGGAGUCCAGCCGGGAGGGCUCCACGUGUUCCAGUCCCUCGGGUCCAGUACAGGGCCCGGUGAUAUACGCCCAGUUGGACCACUCGGGCAGUAAAAACUCCUUUCAUAAGAUUGAGCCGGUCGUCUACGCUGACAUUCGGAAAAACUGAAGACGGGGAACAAAAACAUAGAAAUAAUAAUGAAAACACACAAAAAAAAGUGAGCGACCUCUGGAUUAGCUGCUCUCGGGGAGGGGGGGACGAGUUCAACAGGGACAAAAAAUGGUGCCGUUUCUCUUUUUAUUUUGUUUUUUUGAUCGAUAUAUUUUGUCCUCUGAAAGCAUGAUUCUGUUACAUGAUAAUGUCUAAACGUGCUUUGUCGUUCUCAAAAAAAGCAAAGAAAACGCUCCAUUUUAUCAGCCUUGAAAAGAAAAACUCUCUCGCACAAAGAAAAUAACCUUUUAGCGAUCAUUCCAGCUGUAAAAAUCGUAAUUUUUUUUUAUUUCUGUGACGUUGUCCGUUCUCACACGCACGAGGUAAAACACGUUUGCAGACUGUUGCACCGACGAAAAUGUAAAAUCUCUUCUUGACCAUCUCAUGUCUUAAACACUGACCCCAACCAGAAACAUUUGAAUUAAA